AGACUAGUCUCCCUUGGAUGAUAAAUGUUGUUCGGUUCAAACUUAAAGAGAUUGAACUACACGAAGGCAUUAAACUGAUUACCAAUAACUUUUUCUAGAAUGAUUGGCAGAUACAAAAAAUUAUAUUGAAUGAAGGAAUAUAUAUUCCCAAAUGUUGUGGGGAAUUACAUCGCGUCUUAUUAUAAUGACCCGUAAUUUAACUGUAGCUUAAGCCCACACGUACGACGUAGUUCGGGAUAUUGCUUGGCCAUUCAUUGUAGAUUAUUUCAGCUCUGAAUUCGUAGGUCUCAUUACACUCGCCCUGUAUGCACGUUCAGGAACCGUCCUAUUGAAUCCUUGGCGAAACUAAAAUCGCAAUUUCGGCCCCAUCAAAAAUUCAUUCACAAGAUACACUAUUACAAAGAAAUAUCAAAUUUACUUGUUGGGAAGGACGAUCAUAAAUAUCUUGAGUUUGAGGAAUUGCAAAUUCCAUUCCUUGAGCAUUCAUAUAAAGUUAUUUUUACAAAGGAAGAAUGGUCAAGAAUAUGUUUAUUUGAGCACCAUUUUGCGCAAAGCUUGUCAUUGAGUCUGUAGGUGAUAGUAUUAAAAGGCGUUGGGACUAUCUCAAAUCACUAAAAGAAGCCAAAAACUUAAGCAAAUCUGUUGUAAAUAGUGCCUAACUAUUCAAUUGAGACGUCAAAGGAUAACAUCAAAUACUGUUAGUGAAGAAAUACAAUUAUCAACAAUUAACAAACAUCAUCCUGCUAUUUUAGAAUCGCAAAUUUUCAACGCAGUCACAACAAUAUUUCCUGUUGAAAUACAAUCAAUUACGUGCGUAAAAUGUGUGUCCUGAUAUCCAGGAUUGUUUUAGAUACAGUUGACAUUAUUGUCGGCUGUACUAGAAACUGCGAAGCACCAACCGACAAAUUAACAAAACAGAUGAUAUUAAACAUUUGCAACAAAUAUCAUUCGUUGAACUGUCAUCAUAUUAUGUUCAUUGAUUCCAAUUCGCUAACACCAUACCUGCAAAAAAAUGGUCAAAUUGCAAGAUUCAGUCUUUAUGACGACAUCCGGUUAAAGAAAUUAAGUACACAUAUAUUGUUUUUAUGUAACGUUUUACAAGAAAAUGUAGUUGCAGACAAUAUUAGUGUCGACGGAUUAAUUGAAAGAUGCCAGUCAUGCUUUGACGUAUCACUGCCUAAGCCUUUGUCUGUCACAAAUUUCGACAUUCUCCGGGAAUUUCAUUUGGAUGUACCAUUGGAAAUGCAACUUAUUCUUGAAAUGUUCAUUAACAAAAAUACUCUUUACCACAAGAACUUAUCUGAAAAUUUCUUAAAUAGAAAAUAUGAACGAUUGUACUCUGUAUAUGAAAUUCUACUGAAUACAUUUAACAAAAAGUUUAUUGAAAUUUUGCAACAGAGAAUAGCAGACAAACUUUUAAUGAACUAUCACAGCAUAAGUAUGCUAUUCAAAAUCACAAGUAAAUAUGGAUUUACAGCAUCACUGACAUUUGCUGAAAACAACCUUAUAUCAAAGUCGACAGAUGACCCGCUCUACUACCAGACCUAUAUCAAGGAGUACCCUAUUACAUAUGAUACUCUUGUUGGUAAUGUGACUCAAAUGGUUAGCCUUAGGCAGUGUCACUUGAUUUUGAUGUUGGACAAUCUCGUAUGUCUGAAGUAUCACAGUGAUCCCGAUCCUGAAGAACAUCGCUCAAAACAACUGUGCAUGCUACCAAUAACACUUCAAGGGUUGCCAAAAGACUCAAAAGCAACAGAAAACUGGCAUGAUGUGAAUAUCUGUGAUGGAUCACAACAUUGCUAAUGUAAAAAGCAACAUGUUUUGAGCAAAGAGGAGGUUUUUGAUACCAUUUUGAAUCUUUCACAUUUAGAGGAAAGAAGUUUGGAAAUAUUUGAUAACAUAUGCAGAUGGGGAAAUAUUUAAUAGCCUUUGGAGAAUGUUACAAGGUGCUUGAUAACUAAAAGAGCGCUGACCAUAAAAGACUGGUUGAACAGUUUUGGGCCUUAAAAGUAGUUUAUCUGAUGUACGUAAUGUUCGGCCAGGUGUAUAAAGUUCUAAAAGAUCCGAGAGAUAAACAGGAGCUAAAUUAAAUAAUACUUGUACAUUUCCAAAGACUUCAUGGCUAAACAAGUUCUUCAAGAAGCCAUUGUAUUCAACCAAGAGAUGGUGCCAAACUCUACAUCAUUGAAACCUGUUGAAGAACUGAAGUCACCAGACGAUUCAUCCCCUAUUCCUUUCAUCCAGAUAUCUCCAGAUGAUUUUUCCUCGAAUUAUCCAUUGUACACAAAUGGCGAUGACUUGAACGAAAUUGUUCAUGAUACCUGUAACAUUUUAGUUGGCUCUAUGGACCUUGGGGUUACCCUCGACGAUUCCCUUUUGGAAACAUCUAUGGAACAACUGACGAUUCAAGAAACUGAACAUGAGCAACAAUCUAUAAUUUCAAUGUUUGGUUUUGAAAAAUUUACAACACCUCCAUUACAUGUAUUUACAAGGCAUUCACCUCCAGCAAGUGGAAGAGAUAACGAUAUCAAUAAGCUAAGAGAAAUCUUAGAUGAUAUUCUUGUAAAAGCUGGAAUGGAUAAAAACAUUGAAAGCGAGUCAGUUUCAUUCAAUAGAAUUCUCUUUGACCCAGACAAUAAAAUUGGUAUUAAUUUGCUGUCCCUUAUUGAGGAAAAUAAAAAAUAUGAGAAAUUUUUGCCCGAGUUUCCACUCCUUCAUCUCAGAAAAUACAAUGUCAAUACUUUGUUUAGUGCAUAUCGCUACGCGGGAUUGGUAGAAUUAUAGAUGGUCAUGCAUGACGAAACAACUACAGAAUGGUCAAAGUCAAUAACUGCUGAACACAUUGCUACUGCUACACGGCAUAUUAGAAGGCUCUCCUAAUCUCUUCAGUUUGCUUUUACCCUUAAAUUUGUUCAAUACCUACCAAGCACGGAUGCGCAGUUAUUUGUUGAGAAUAAACUAAAUCAAACGCCUCUUGAGAUAGCCCAGAAAUGGAAUGAUAAGUUUUGUGAAUUUAUGGUUACAAUGAGAAAAGUUUUGUGAAUUUAUGGUUACAAUGAGAAAAAUAAAUGCUACUUUUACUCUCCAUUAUGAUAUGAUGAUACAUUGUAAUGAAGUUGUAGCUGUGAAACUAGCAGAGAGCGUCUUGGUGGUGAGAAUGGCUACAGUCUGUUAUUGCCAUUGGGAGCGGGAAAGUCAUCUUUGUGGUUUUCAUUCUUAAAUGGAGCUAGUUCUUAUGCACCCUAUCGUACUCGCCUAUUGACAGAGCAUUAU